AUGCCCCGCACCAACACCUACGGCCGCAACACAGGAACCCCUUUCUCCGUCUAUCCAGACCACGACGCCGCGAUUGUGAAAAGUCUGAAAUCCUGGGAGGGCCGCGCGAGCGGCGACUCAGCGGGAUUAUGGGUGGUCAAGGGUUUGCGGGUCACCUGGUUCAACGACGAGCGCAAACAGCGCUACAACCACCCACAGGACGGGGACCAGCUCAAGAUCCUGACAUUCGCGACCGACGAAAUGAUGACGGAAUGUAUUAUCCGGGCAGUGUGGCGCGUGGCUGGAAUUGAGAUCGUCACCAGCCGGGGCCAGCACUUGGUGGCGGGCGGGGAGGGAGGCACGCCUUACAGGAACGUGGCGAGAGGGUCGCUGGUAGGCUUUAUGGGGAGUGCGGGGUAG